GGCUCAUGCUGUUAAAUUGCAAAUGUGAAAGACUUCACUCAUUAGAAUCACAGCUGCGACUGGGGGUUGCUGAGAUAAAGUGAUUCCGGCGCUGGCAGGGGAUUUAUCGCAGAGGCAUAAUUCGAAAAGAAAAUCUGCUAGAUUUUCCUGCAGGAAUUUCAGACUGGGUUGGUGGUUCCACCAAAGAACAGGGAUUUCCCACCCCUCCAAAAAAAGGCAGCCCGCACGUGCUGCGUGCUCGCCCCUGCUCCGCUCGUCUCGUGCGCGUCGCCAUUGGUGUGGGAUGAUGUCAUCCACAGCGGAGACAAUAGAGCCCACCUCCCCCGUCAGUGUCUCCUCGCCACACGCGCACCGCGGCUCGGCGUGACACACGCUCGGACGUGACGCCAGCUGAGUGAGCCGAGCACUUCUGAUGACAUUCGCUGCCGUGUCGGUUCAGUCCAGAGCCCGACCGAGCCGAGCAUCUGCCACUCAGACCGGGGCUCUUCUCUCGUUACGCUUCCAUGCAGAGAAAAGUGUCACACAUCUGGAUCCGCACACUUAACCCACCGGCUCGUUCCUCUCGGGGUCCACGGCAUGAGGCAUGAGGAUUUGUGACUCGGCUGCGCGUGAGUGAUGAACACACGACGGGGACUCUUGAUCUUUGCAUAAACCCAGAUGCCUCCCCUCCCUCUUGACGAGCGCAUAGUGGUCAUUCAGCGCCCCAAAAACGUGUGUGAGGCUUCCCCACAAACCAUCCCACAGCAUUCCUCUCAAAUAUCAACCUCUACCAAUGGACGGGUUCCCCAGCCUUCGCAUCUCCACGCCUCUCAUCCCCAUUUUUACUCACCAACGUGUAAAUCUGUGAGUGUGGAAUGCAAGCGCAGGUCAUCCCGGGUGCAGAGAUUCAAAUGCGACCAGCCGGUCAUCCCAGCAGAUGUCCUCCACAUCCCAAGCCACUGCCAUAGCAAUGGCACAGUAACACUAGCCCCACGGCUUCCCUCCCACACACAUACUAUUGAUAUCAAGGUAUCGGUGGACAAAAGGAGAUGGGGAGAAUUAAGUAACUCAUUAGGGCGCACUGGAAGUGUAAAAGGUAGCAGAGGGAAAUGCGUCUCUUCCCAGUUUGAUCAAGGACAAUGUGAGAGAAAAACCGGAAGCUUUGGGAGGCCCUGUGGAUUUGAGCAUAAGCCACAACAAGUCCGUCAGUUGUCGUCGUCCCCUGGAGGGAUCCUCCAGUUUGUCCCUGCUCAGGCAAAUCAGCAUACAUUCAGGGGUGAAAAGGAGAAAGAAAACUCCAGCUUUCAUUACAGAGGUGACCAGGAAUUUUCCUCUUUGGGUCACAGGAAAAGUUCCAAGCUGGGAACUGUUCAUCAAAGCCAUAAUAGCCACAGUCUGCCCUACCACCACCACUCUGUUCCUGUUCCCCAUGCCGCCAUCCUAAACUCCACCUAUCCUUCGUCUCCCCCAUCCCAAACCGCUCAUGUCCCAGUCUCCUUUCAGCAGCUUAACCAACCUCACCCUCCUCGCACAAGGGAUCACCGCCCUCACAUUCUUCACGGUCUUCCGCUGUCCCCUUGCUCCUCCCGUGUCGGAGGGUUCCCUAGUCCAGACCACACUUGUACCAUUGACUGUGCGCAUCCAUUCAACUGUGGCUGCUGGAGGUUGGUAAGAUGCACAGGAUGUAAAGGAGACUCUUCCAGUUACCAAGGAGGUGGAGGAAGCACUUCUACCUCAUUUUCCUGUGGCCACAAUGUUGGCCCAGUGAAGAGAGGAAGUAAAGACAUGGGCCUGAAGAAUCUGGGUGGCUGUCUCUCCACAGCUUCCACAUCAAACACUUCCUCAUCCAACAGCACUGCUUCUGAUUGUCGAGCAGCUCUGUUCAAACCUCUACCUUGUGCCUCCUGCGGCGGAGAGGCUGGAAACUUUGAGAGUCCUGCUAUCCUUCGGAAGAAGCUAGUAGGAGGAUGCCUUCCCUGUACUUCUCUGUCGUCUUCAACCCCUUUGCGGGCGAUCCAAAGCUGUGUGUCUGGUUGCAACAACAAAGCAUCUCAGACUGGCAGCUCUUCCUGCAGCUACUGCAGCAGCGACCCGAUAGUGGUGACGUUCAACCCUCGCCGGGGAAAACCUCCUGGAAGAGGCUUAGGACCAACUCACCCAAUGGCUAUGCUACAAGCUGACGAUGAUGACUUCAGCAUGCGCACCAUCUGGCCUGAGGAACUGGCCAAGAAAAUGACCCAUUCUAAAGCCCAAAAGAACAACUAUGCUGGGAUGGGUGUUGGGAAAAGCUGUUCUAGCCAGACCCAGAAUGGCAGUAACGGACCCGGCCUUGCUCUCUUGGACUGUCAGAAUCUUCAGGAAUACGCUCAGACUAAUUUCACAGACCAUGCUGGCCGACGACGGCUUCAGCAAGGCAAAAUGGCUGCCCUUGGUUUUGUAGGCAGCAGGUUGGGCUCUAGCUACGAUGAUGGCCGUAACUCGUUGAAGAGGCUCUUGAAUAAAGCAGAAGAUGUUGGAAUGAGCGACAGUCCUGAGCAUGGCCAGGUGUAUCCACGAUCACCCUCUCCCCGCUCUGCGUCUCCGCCAUCACCUGUGUCCUUUUCCCCUCCUCCUUCGGCCCCCAGCACACUCAUCAAACCCAAACCCUGGCAGAGAGAAAGGGAGGGAGGACACUCUCUGCCGUCGGCUCAGUCCCUUCACCUGGCCCUGAACUCCCUUAACAGAGAGCAAGAUGAGGAGAACAACCGAAUGAGGCUGUCUUUGCCACUCUCCUCAUCGUUGCCUGCUUCCCUGUCCGAUGAAACUGUGAUGACUCCCGAUGCGGAGAACGCCGUCAUCAGCCCUAUCCUGCCCUUCCUGUUCCUGGGGAACGAGAGAGACGCCCAGGACCUGGACCUGCUGCUACGCCUCAACAUUGGCUAUGUGGUAAAUGUGACCACACACCUGCCCCUCUACCACACCAACGUGGGACUGCGCUACAAAAGACUCCCAGCCACUGACAACAGCAAGCAAAACCUUCGCCAGUACUUUGAGGAGGUUUUUGAGUUUAUUGAGGAGGCAUAUCAGAGUGGACAGGGUGUGUUGGUUCACUGCCAGGCAGGUGUGUCCCGUUCUGCAACAAUCGUCAUCGCCUACCUUAUGAAGCACACCCUCAUGACGAUGACGGACGCCUACAAGUACGUCCGGAGCCGUCGGCCCGUGGUUUCGCCCAACCUGAACUUCAUGGGUCAGCUCUUGGAGUUUGAGAGGGACCUCAACUCCGGGGUGACUCCUCGGAUCUUGAUGCCUAAACUAAAUGUCAACGUUCAUGCAGGAAGAGCGACUUUCCUGCCCGAAAUCAUAAAUGCAUGCAGAACCUGAAUGCAACAUGGAAAGGGUUCACUGUUAAUCAUUCUUCUAGAACAGCUCUUUACUACUUUCCACCACAUGUAGCAGCGCAAUGCACUUUACUGUCCAUUCAUUUGUUAUCAGAACGAGGAGAUAGGAGCUCAAUUACUCUCUUUAAAUCAUUAACUUUGCUUUCAUUUAAACAGUUUCUUUUUCUUUUAGUUUAAACUGUGGAACAUUGAGGUUUGGACCUAGAAAGGAAAGGGUUUUUUUUGUUUUGUUUUUUUUGCCAUUUCAGAGGUUAAAUCUUGCAAACUCGAGUUUAAAUGGUGCAUUAACAUGCAAUGUCAAUGCAAACAUUUAGAAAUGUAGGUUUUACAAUUGUAUAAAUGCAUUUAUGCUGCUACAACAGCAUUUCCUAGCAAACACCUGAGUUGAUGGUUGGGUUGAUGGCAUGGGUUCCUGCUGUUGCAAUGUUCUUUUAAAUCUUCUCAAAGUGUGAAAACUGAUUUUUAAUUAUUUUUUUUUUCCUAUAUUAUGUUGUAUUUCUGUGUUUCCUGCCUAGUUUAAUAUGUAGCACGAAAUAGACCUGCAGUCUUUUCUAGAAAUCAACAGAACACAUGGGUGACAUUAAGGUCCUAAAAUUGUUUCUGCAUUUUUUUUUUCAAAUCUGCCCCGCUGCAGUUUGUGAUAUCCCAUUCACUCGCUCAUUUGAAGUAGCGCAGUGUUGUUGAAGAUGUUUAAAAAGUCUUCAGAUCCAUUUGUUGUUAUUGCAGUAGCAUAGUUCCACACCGAAACAUUUGGAAAAACCCAUCCUUUAAUUUGAACACAUUUAUUUUAACGGAGGGGGAGGAAGGUUUAGGAGACUUUAACAUCAAUUCUUUCAGCGUUAAUGGCCCUCCAGUACAACUGGUGCCGAUUUAUUAUUUUUUUCUUCGUUAAUUAUUUCUGAUGGAAGCGUGGCACUUCUGUUGUUAAAAAUAAAGCUCAAGUGAAGUUUAGCAAUCCCAACAUUUUAGUGUUUUUCCCAGUACAUGUCCCAAACAACCUGCUUGCAUCCAGAUGAUGAUGAAAUCAUUACUGAUUCCUAAUUAGGAGAUCCAAGAAAAAUGAAAGAACUACUUACAAAAUGCUACAAGUCACAUUUAUGCUAAACGUGUCCUUAGAGGCACUAAUAACUGUUUUAACACCAAUUAUUUCUUAACAUGUGACUAAACAACUAUAUUCACAAUAUACAUUUUUUGAUUGUUAGAAAUUACUACUGUAAUAAAAGCUGAAUGUUUUGAGCUUUUUUACGUGGCAGUAGAUGUGGAUGCCGAUGCAUUUUAAGUUAUUUUCAGUCUUCAAGCCACAAAUCUUCAAAUUGCUUUCACACCAUUAACCAUCACCAGUCCCAAUGUUAUUACUACUGAGCUCGACUCGUGUGGCUUACUGAACCUUCUCCAUUACUAUGCAUUAUGUUGAUAACAAGGAGUUUGGUUUGAAAAUG